AUGGAGUCGUCGGCGGAGAGCAGCGACGUGGACCGCGACGUCGAGCUGCACGUGAUCGCGCGCGAGCCGUCGGAGGCUGAAGGCGGCGCCGUCACCGAGGAGAGGUCGCCUCUGUUGUCGCAGGCCGAGAAGCCCAAAAUCAACAUAUUCACUCUCUCCUAUCCCCGGAGAAAGCCUGGUGAGGAGAUAAUCAGAUCAUUUGAACCGGAGAUAUCGGCCGCAUCUCAGUUUCUUUCGUGGGUAUGGAGUGGAUCUAAAUACUCUGGUUUAAUGUGCAUGGCUAUCUCUUCUACCAUCUAUUUUACGAUGGAAGUUGUCACUGAUGUUUUUUCAGUUCAGCCCAUUCCUUUGCUUGAGGUUGCAUUUACGAGAUGUACAAUGAUAUUGGUAUUGUCAUAUAUGUGGUUGAGAAAGGUUGAACAGCCAUUAUCUGGGCUGGGAAACGCAAAACAUCUUUUGAUUUCAAGAGCCUUUAUGGGAUAUAUCUCAUUGAUAAGUUUCAUCUAUUGCAUUCAAAGGUUAUCUUUGUCUCAGGCUGUUGUACUUAGCUUAACAACUCCAAUUAUAGCUUCAGGUGUGGCAAGAUUCAUUCUACAUGAGACUUAUAAAGUUGCAGAGAUUGGAGGUCUUGCGUGCAGUUUCUUUGGUGUGCUUUUCAUUUUUCGACAAUUGCUUACUACACAAGAUCAACAUGGUGAAAGAAAUAGUAAAAGUAUCACUGAAAGCGGCCAUAUAUAUGCAAUCUUAGCCGGUUCACUUUCAUCAUUAACCGGUGGAAUCAGCUACUGUUUAAUAAGGGCUGGAGCAAACUCAUGUGACCAGCCACUGUUGACAGUCUUUUCAUUUAGUUUGCUGGCUAGUCCUGCUGCAGGAAUUUGUCUUUUUGCCUUUGAGACGUUUGUAUUCCCAAGUUUUUACUCAUUUUCACUUAUGCUCGUACUUGGCGUUCUAGCCUUUUUUGCGGAGGUAUUUUUAGCACGUGGGCUGCAGCUUGAGAAAACUAGCAAAGUUACAAAUGUUCUAUACAUGGAGGCUGCCUUGUCACAACUCUGGGUCAUUGGUUCUGCAAGAAUAGCACCAACUUUUGGUCGAAUUUUUGGUUGCUUGCUUAUUUUAAUUUCCGUUUUUGGCACCAUGUAUAUUGGACCUGAUAAAGAGGACUGAGAACAAAACUCUUCUGAUUUGUUGAGAGGUAUGCUUCUCAUUUUGAUACCCAUUCUUGGUUGUGCUCAACCUGUUCAUUUAGAUUCUAGAGAAAAGAGG